AUGCGCGACAUCACCAAAAGGUUUGGUGGCGUGGUUGCACUCAAUGGGGUCGAUCUGGACGCCUAUGCUGGNGUACGCCUGCCGGAUAUGGACAGCCCCGCCGCGAGCCUGUCUGGCGGGCAACGCCAGGCCAUCGCCAUUGCGCGCGCUGUCUACCAUUCGGACCUGCGGGUUCUGGUGAUGGAUGAGCCGACUGCCGCACUGGGGCCGCAAGAAACGGCGCGAACCCUGCGUCUGAUUGAGACUCUGCGCGAGCAAGGCCUUGCCAUCAUUUUGAUCUCGCAUUCGCUCGACGAUGUUUUUGAGGUGGCCGACCGCGUGCAGGUGAUGCGGCGCGGCAAGCGGGUCGGCGUCGUCAAGACCCAAGAUGUUACCACGCAAGACGUUCUGGGCAUGAUCGUCGGCGCUCGCGUCUCCCCCCAAUGGCGCGUAACGCGGCUCGAACCCUACAUGGGCAUCAUCGCGCCGGUGGCGAUGAUCGCGGCGAUUUUGCUGGUCAUGGCAAUCCUGGAGCCAGCACGCUAUUUCCGCUUGUCCAAUCUCGAAAUCAUCUUGCUGGAAUCGGCCCUUUAUAUGCCGAUGGCCAUGGCGAUGACCUUCGUCAUCACCCAGCGCGGCAUUGAUUUGUCGAUUGGGUCCGUCGCAGCACUCAGCACGAUCAUCGCUGGCUUCCUGAUGAAGGUUUACGGCUUCCCAGCAUGGGCCGGGGUUUCGGUUGCCAUUGCCUUGGGCGCCACUAUGGGACUGAUCAAUGGUUUGAUCAUUACCAAGUUCAAAGUGCCUGAUUUGAUCGGCACCUUGGCCAUGGAUCUGGUGUAUCGCGGCUUUGCGCUGGUUCUGGCCAAAGGCUUGGUCCUGGCGCGCUAUCCUGAUCUCAUCACCAAUAUCGGUCGGGGACAAAUCAGCUGGUUCCUGCCAAUUCCGGUGUGCAUUGGCUUGCUGACCAUGCUGGCCGGUUGGUUGCUGCUAACGCGAACCCACUUUGGCCGCUACUCCAUUGCCAUCGGAUCGGAGCCUCAGGCCGCCGAGCUGACUGAGAACGGUAACUGGGAUCUGGCCUAUGAGCACUAUGGCGAAUACCGCCGUGAAGGUGGGUUCGACGGCACCAACUUCAUCCUUCAAUCCUAUCCUGAGGCAACGAUCAUCCACAACGCAAACACUGCAAUGGCAAUGGGAUCGGUUGAAGCGCAGCUGGCCAUGGGCGUGGAAGGCGACAUCUUCUCGACCGGCUGGGGCGGCACCGGGCUUGAGCUUGAAGCCAUUCGCAACGGCGAGUUGGAUGCAACACCGAUGCGCAUGGGCGAUGAUGUUGGUGCUGCGGUAGCCGAAGCUAUCAAAUACCACCUUGAAGGCCGUGAAGACGAGCUGCCACGCAUCUUCCUUGGACGGAUCACCAUCGCCAAUGAUGAGAUGAGCAUCGAGGAAAUCGAUGCUCUAGAACAGGAAGCCUUCCGCUUCUCCGGCGUCGGCGCUCUGGAGCGCUA